AAAAAAAUUUAUUUUACUAAUUCUACCAGUUCUGCUACCAAACACAUAUAAGGCAUUAAAUAUUUUUAUUGGGAAGCUCUUCUUUUUUUUUCCACAUAGCUAUUCUUUUCACACUAGUUUUACUUUGUUGUGGACUAAUAUGCCAUUUCUUCAGGUGAGAGCAGCUGUUACACCUUGAUGUUGCUCAGGUGAUGGGAAAUGGUUGAGUAGCAAGUAAAAUGGUACAAUUUAAACUGGAAGAAUCAACAGUUCAAAAAGAUUAAGAAAUGAACAAACAAAAAUACCCCUAAGAUGUAACAUUAGGCAGAUAUCCUUUCUUUGUUGGCUGAGUGCAGCUCUGCUAUCCCAGCUUUCAGCAGCGCUUCUUCACAGGGAUGUGUGGAUGCCUUGUGUUCUGGGGAAGGGACUGCACAGAUUCAUUUAUUUUUUUGUAAUAAGUAACUUUCCAAGAACAAUUCAGUUGAGGAAAACAAAAAUUAAAAAAAAAAGCAACCAAAAAAGUUACCACUGUUGCCGUGGAUAUGAAGUACUUUCUUCCUUUUGCUUGCUUCUUUGAUAUUCCUGCUUGAUGGCAGACAGGAGGCUGCUAAUAGGGAGUGUACAUGUGGGACCCUGAAAGCUGUGAGCCGCAUUUGCAACAGCCCCUUGUCUCUGAGCAUGAGAUCUGGUAUUUACUCCAAAUCAGUAACAAUAACAAAGUGAUUCAAGGAAGGUUAAUACCACUGGAGGGAGCUUUGUUACCACUGGUACAAAAAAAGGGUUUGAACCUUUAAGAGCAAAACUGUUCCUACAUGUAAACUUCUGGGUAGUGAUUAAAUUUUAUGAGCAGUAGCUGUGUACCUCAUUACGGAUUUUUUUCUUUCCAUUUGUUCUUAUUAUACAAACCCUCUGCUUUAGUCUCCAGAAGACGACCCAGUGGUACUUUGUGGUGACAAUGCCAGGGUGGCAGAUCAGUAUUUUCCUUACUGUUUUCAGAACUGAUCCUGGCUGUAGGGUCACUAAAGUAAUAUAAUGGUUUUCAUGGGCAACUCCGGAGAAUUCUGAAGAUGAUGAUCAAACUACCUUUCAAACAACUAUAUUCAUUACCCAGAUUUGAUUUAAGUGUGUUGGUUGAGCUCUAUUUCUGCCAGCGGCAGGAGCCAGAUUCACUCUUUCCUGCUGCAUUAGCAGAGAAUUUGUUCUGCUGGAUGUCCCCGAGCUGCAAGGACAUCGUGGAGGUGGGGACAGAGCAGUGGCAGAGCAGGGCAGCCGGUGUCUGAAGGGGAGGAAUGUCCCCUGCCACUGCAAACCCGCUGAGGGACGUCAGGAUGCAUGGGGUGACUUACCCAGCCCCGUCAAGCCAGUGCAUGGGCAGCAGCUGGUUGUUAAAUCCCAGCAAACGCUGUAAUCAUAUCUAAUACCGAACAAAGUAUUUAAUGGCCUAGAUAAAAGCUUUCCGGUUGUUUAAUUGGAAAUGUCUUGCUGGUUUACAUAGACCUAGUGCCCUGGUUUUAUGAGAUUUAGAAUUGUGCUGAGAAAUUGUUUCCAUGGAAGCAGAGAUCACUAAAGAAAUAAUGCAUUCCACAUUUCCUGCAGGAUUAUUCCUUUUGCAGCCUGCUGUUCUAAAUAACUAACUCUUGUAGUGCCAUUGCAGCUUAGCAUGGAUUAAAGCAAGUAAUAUUUUUUUUUUUAGUGUCACAGAGGCAUUAUGUAUUUUUUGAAAUAUAUAGAUAUAAAUACAUAUGUACCCAUAUAGAUACUUGGAAAUACUUUUGUUUUUGAAAUAAGUCUUUUUUUCUUAUUUAAUUAUUUUCUCCUUAUUUACAAAGGGGGAAAAUCCACCCAUACAAAAAAGUCAAUGGAAAAGAGCACUUUUAUUUGGGCAAUUUAUGCAGCUCUCUCAGGGAAACUUGGAAUUAUCCCUUCUUUGCCCUUCUCUUGUCACUGUUCUACACUUUUUGCUUGGUGAUGGUGAUAUUGUAAAACUGGCUACCUAGGAGGGAAGAGACAGUGAAUGCACUUUUUAAUCAAGGUAACAGCAGCGAGAAUCUUCCUCCAGCAGGUAAAACAGACUAUCUUGUUCAGUUACCUGUGGUUUUCCUUCCAUGUGUUACUUUUGACGAACCACUUUAUCUUUUUCUACUCCAAGUGUUUGUAAAAAGGGGAAACUGUGAAAUGAUAAUAUGAUGCUGAGACCAAAUGUGAUUGACUGCAAACAUCACAUAAACUACUGUUUACCAUAAAGUCUUGUUAAAAAGAGCAGAUUCCUAUACGUUAAUGAAUUAUUUAGAAAUUAAAAUGGGAUAAGGUUACUAAACUAUUACCAGAGAGUUGUCAAUGUGACAACUUGAAAUACCUAGUGAUUUUUGUAAUGGUUUUAAAUGUAGAUCUCUUAUUUUGUAAGAAAGGUAACUACUGUAAUUUUUGCUUGAGGGAAGGGGAAAGGUGUGACAGUGCUAUAAAGAGGCAAGGGAUACUUUGAAGAACUUGCCUCAUCUUUACUCCCUCAAGUACAGUGUGUUUUUGUGGCUUAUUUAGAAAUAGCUCUAGCUGCGAAGUUUAACUCCAGAUUAUGCCCUUCUCUGGCAGUAGAGAGUAUUGACACAUGGAGCUCUAGUUGUAAAUGUGUAUGGCAGUAUAAAUGCUCACUGGCAUCCGGGGUAAUUGUUCUAUCUCUAGAAGUAGCUGCCAUGGAUUUGAAGCAGGGCAGGUAAAAGGAGCUGACGGCAAGGCUGGGCACAAGUUGCGUGGAUGGGAAAAUGGCUCAUAUACUGUUCCGUGGUCAUUACUGGUCCUAAAAUAAUGAUUUAUGAAGUGCCUGACAGUGUUUGACAAACCAGAUGAAUGGGACUUGCUUAAUGCAAACUGGGAAAGAUCUUUCAGUGGCUGCCAAAACACGUGGAAACAGUAACUUGUGCUUUGUAGAUUCUUAGGGCACUUGGGAGCUACUGCAGGGUACUGCCAGAGGCAUUACUCAAAGCUUAGUUUGAAAAAUUUCUGCAGAAAUGGGUAACAACUUCAUAAGGGUAAUGCAGGCAUGAAAAUCGUCAUUCCUAGUGCUGCCUUGGGAUGAGUAUAUGCCAAAGGACAAGCCGAGGCUGCGCUCCUGUGCUCUGUGUAGGGGAGCAGCCACUGAACUGAGCAACUUGUUCCUCCUGAACUGGCAGCUGCUCCAGGCGGUUUACAUUAAACUCCAAAAGGCUUUACUUUAUAAAUGUAUGGCAGUAGAAAGGAGGAAGACAACAACCAAUAAGAAUCUAUACAGUGGAAUGAUACAGUUCUGUGAUGGAAGAUGGAGGAAAACCAUGAUGGAACUGGAGGAGUAGGAUUUCUUCUAACAGAAAUGGAAGAAAUUCCUUAAAUGUGUUUGCAUAGUCCAUCUAAAGGCGAAAGAAGGAAAAGGGCAAGUGGCUUGGGCUUUAAUCCGUAAAGGAAGCCCAGGAUAGGAGCUUCAGGUCGGCUUUUGUCUGUUUCUGUUGUUUUCUCAUCAAGUAAGAGGGAUGGGAGGCAGCUGGAGGCAGCAUUGGUGCCACUCCCUGUGAAGUAAGAGAUCAAAAUGCAGCUCUUUUCUAGGAUUUGGGUUGGAGUUGCAACUAGUUUCAGAAAGAGAACCUGUUUGGUGGGAUUUGGAUCUGAAUAAAGGGAGCAGCACACCAGUGUGUAGGAACAGAGUAGCUCUGUGAAUGGGUUCAAGCCUCAGAUCUUGCCUGCUAUCCCUCGGGACCAUCCAUGCUUCUCACCCGCAACACGGAGCCGCUGCUGGGGGUUUUGCUGGGUCUGAUACUGGCGGCAGCUUCGUCAGCACAGAACAACUGCACCUGUGCGUCCAACAAGUGGACGGUGUGUGCCCAGAAUGGACCUGAGAACUGCGCCUGCACGCUGGUGGGUUCCAGUCACAAGGUAGACUGUUCAAUGUUGACGAUGAAGGCAGUGUUGCUGAUGAAGGCAGAAAUGAUGCUCCUGAAAGGAGAAGUGCUUCCAGGGCCAUCCCCGUGGCUGCUAGAUAUCGAUGGCAUUUACAGUCCAGACUGCGAGGACAGUGGCAUCUUCAAAGCCAGGCAGUGCAAUCAAGCCGAUGCUUGCUGGUGUGUGAACACUCCUGGCAUAAGAAUCACUGAAAAGGUUGACAAAAGCCUGAGGUGUGAUGAAGUGGUUAGAACAAGCUGGAUCUACAUUCAGCUGAAGCACAAAAAAAAUUCUGGGGCCUGGGAUGCUGCCCAUGUAGCAAACGCUUUGAAACAGCUGUUUGAGAGUCGAUACAAACUGCACCCCAAGUACAUUGCAGCCAUUAAGUAUUAUUCCCCACUUAUCCAAAUCGACCUGAAGCAGCAUGACUCUGGGAAAUCUAAUUGUGAUGUAGAUACAGCAGAUGUAGCCUGUUACUUUGAGAAAGAUAUAAAAGAUGACUCCAUAUUUCAUUCUAACAGUACAUUAACUGUCUCUAUCAAUGGAGAUGCUCUGGAUAUUGAAAGGAUUUAGUACAUGGAUGAAAAGCCAUCACUGUUUUCCCUGAAUCAAGAGGCUGGUGAAGUUAUUGCUGUGGUGAUAGAGGUGGUGCUGGCUGCUGGCUUGGGCAUCACUGUGCUGGUGAUUCUCAGGUUGCGGUGCACAGUAACAGAAAGAUGAGAUUGAAGGAAUGGAUGAAGUAAGAACACCAAGCUUAUAGCUGCCCAGAUCAGAAAAAAGAAAGGAUCGGAAAAAAGAAAAGCAACAACAGGAAGAAAAUGUUUUUAAAAAGACAUAAAAUUCAAAUAGCAAACAGACUUAGUGUAAGUAGAUGGAUUUGGAGAUGUUAUUUUCUUUUUAUAGGAAUUUGUACAGUGACUGCUCUAAAUUAUUCCAGUUUACUGAGAAUUACUUUCUUGGUUUGGGGUAUAAACUAACUUGGGAGUCAGUUACCUAAAUAUUGUAAAUUAGUCCCAAUUUAGGGGCUAAGACAACUGUUACAUCAUUUUUUUUAGUGUAAUGUGGAAUGCUCUCACCAGCCCUGCAGCCCUGCCUCAGCUUGCUGAAAUACUCCUGAGUGCUUCUUGGGAUAUCUACUUGCUGAAACCCAAAUACUUCUUUGGCAUAAUUGGGUUAUAUAGCUGCUUUUCUGCUGGUGGACUUUUUUAUUUUAAUGUGGGUAGUUUUUUCGUUUGUUUUUUAAGUUGCUGGAACCUUUUUCAUCAGCAAGUAAUUUCAGAAAUAUUACUAAAUAACCAGGUAAGGCUGUGAUAAGAUAUGCUAUAGCACCAGAGGCUUUUAUAUAUAGUAAUUUAUUAGGAAACAUUCCUGUGGGCAUUACCAGUUAUGGAGAUCCCACAUUUCCAAGUUCGUACACAGGCAGCACAGGGCACUGUUCCCACCUGUGCUCCUUAACGGGGCUCUGACACUCAUCAGCAAAGAUCCCCCAAUCCCAGUACAACCUGGAUGUUCUGCCCAGAUCCAAACUCUGGUCAUAGUCUACCUAAACUCCCCUUGCAAUUUUAUUGGGAAGGGAUAUUUUUCAGUGUUGUACAGCUUUGCAGAAAUACUACACAAUGCUUCAGAACAAGCUGGAAAUGAGCUUUAUUGUAGUAGAAGUGCAGAGGGAAUUGAAGAGCAGAGUGUCAUUACUGAAGUUGGAAUUUGGCCAAGACACUAGAACUGAACUUCUUUGCUACCUACUCAUCUGCUGCACUUGUUUGGGAGGUCACAUCCACCACAAAGGACACUUCAAAGAAAAUAAUGCUAGUUGUUAAAUAUUGAAAUACUGGCAGUUAUAUUCUCCAUGCUGUGUGUGGACGUCUGGAAGGUCUGUCAGUCUAAUCUGCACAUCUUCAAAAUGAGACCUCUACACACAUGCACUGCAGGGUCAGCUCUUUUAUUCUGUUAAUUAGUUUCAACAUUAUUAGUUUGUAAUUACAAUAACAGUCAGUAAUGCGCUACUCUUAGGGUAAACUGCUAAAUAUGUGUCUCUGAUUUGACUGAAUAGGAUACCAGGAAAACACUGAAGAUGCUUUGAUUCUGUUCCUGCCUUUGUUUGUAUAAAGGAGGACAAGAUUGUCUGUUUUGGGUGGAAUGGGAGGGUGUUUAAUAUUUUUUGGCUCAACAUCCACCAUUGCCAUUUAAAAUCAUUCUUGUUCACUCACCUGUUGGGAAAACUUGGGCUUUGGAUACAUAGGGUGAGGUGGAUGCAUCACGUUCCCCCAAAAUCAGAUAUUUUUGCAAUUGUAUCAGCAGUAUUAAUAUACCCAAAAACCUCUGGAGCAGGGUCUACAACUUCUUGUACGUCUUACAGCAAAGCCUCCGAGCUGGUUGGUUUUCAGUCACAUUAGUACUGAUAGAAGAUGAAGCAAGAAUUUAAUAUCUAGGCCGAAUUUUCCCGAGCCACUGGAAAACUCAGAACUUGGCCUAACUCCACACAAUUUUGCAAGUAGGAUUUUAUAAAAUGGAUUCGAAUAAAAAUCUGGAGCUGAUUACUUCUCAGUGCUGAAGAAAUGUAGGAUCAGAAUGAAAAUUGCCCAAGUACAUUGCCUAACCACUUUCUCAGCUGAUGCAGAGGUGAUAAAAGCUAUGAGUUCAAGCCAUGAGAACGUGAGAUGUGCCCUCUCUUUUGGGGAUCUACUGUAGUUUUCAACAUUCUUUUAAAAUUACUGCAUUUUUCUCACAUCUGUUGUAAGAAAAAGAAAUAUUUUCAAGGUGAAUGAUGAGAUUUUGUAUUAAAGUAGAAUAUAAACACAUAGGCAUAAUUUUGACUAAUGGUUGGAAAAAAUCUUACCAGGUAACAGUUUCAGCAUUUUUCUUUGCCUCCUGCUUUUUCUUUUAGAAGCUGAGAUUGAAAAAAGAGGCUGUUGUGGUGCCAUUCAUAUUUUUAUUAAUCAUUAAAGGACUGCCCCAUGAAA